GAGUGCAGUGUGCUUGCUGGGAAAUAGGCAAUGCCCGUUAUUUGCGUCUGGACUGAACAGCACAUCAGCUGGGCUGCAGUCACCGGGAGAGCUGAGCACCGGCAGUACGGGGGACGUAGCUGCUGAGCACAGCAUGCCUCGCUAGGCGAGACAAGCUUGCAUAGACAGCACAGGCAGACACGGCGGGAAAACAAAUUGCACACUUCACCGAAGAGAAGCUGAGGAGCGUGACAGGGCGAGAAAAGUUAUCAGGUCAGCGGCAGAGUUGAAUCGUGGAAGUGGAGCAACUGAGACUGACUGGGUUUACAUUUGCAACUGGGAAAGCAUCAAGGAGGAUACUGGGAAAGCUGUCACUUUUUCUCAAGAGAAGAGCAAUACUCCUAACAGGAGUCUCGUGCACAGCUACUUCAGGACUGUGAUAGCAAGACAGCAGCAAGCCUAAGCAGUGCAGCUCCUGUCACUACUAUAAGGGACUCUUUCACACUCAAAGAAGUCACCUCAGCUGUGUGAACUGCGCUAGAUGAAAUUUGACUUUUAUCUGUGUCCCUUUUAUCUUUUGUUGUUGGGAAGCAGUGGAGACUUGGAGAGCACGUCGCUCCGUCCUGCCAUCUCUGAGACUAUGUUAUACUGUGCGUCAGGGAGCUCUUCAUCAGCAGCUGCAGCACUAGAGCAUGGAGAAGUCCAGCAGUGAGGAGUCAGCCAUUCAUCGUAGCCCUUCUGUAGAUAGCUGUGACUCUGAUUUCCCCCAAGCCUCCACGUCUGGCCGCCCAUUCGGCGGCCGCGGCUUCACUGCCGGUGCUUUCUACGGUUCGACCGGGCCACGUAAAAACACCCAGCAGGGUCAGGCUGCAACUACAGCUGAGGCCAGCGCAGGAGACAAGAGCAACAACAAGUACAGCUCACCCAAAGGGAGCAAAUACGUGGUUUUUUACCUGGAUCUAUCCUUUGUGUUCCUUUUAGAAUUCAAGAAGUUUAACAUGGCAAGAGGCUGCCUCUGCUGUUUGAAGUAUUUGAUGUUCAUCUUCAAUCUCAUCUUCUGGUUGUGUGGCUGUGGGCUCCUCGGCGUGGGCAUCUGGCUCUCGGUGUCUCAGGGCAGCUUCGCCACCUUCUCGCCCUCGUUCCCUGCACUGUCAGCUGCCAACAUGGUCAUUGCCAUCGGUGCCAUCGUCAUGGUAACAGGCUUUCUGGGUUGUCUUGGUGCCAUCAAAGAGAACAAGUGCCUGCUUCUGAGUUUUUUCAUCGUCCUGCUGAUAAUUCUCCUGGCAGAAGUGAUAUUACUCAUCCUAUUCUUUGUGUACUCAGAUAAGGUGAGUGAGAAUGCUAAGCAAGAUUUGAAAGAUGGGCUGGCUCUCUACAAUUCUGAAAAUAACAUUGGCCUGAGAAAUGCCUGGAACAUCAUCCAGGCAGAGUGGAAGUGCUGUGGCGUUAUAGCCUACACCGAUUGGCACGAGGCCCUGAAAGAGAAGGUCGUUCCUGACCGCUGCUGCCAGGAGCAUUACCAGAACUGUGGGCGGAACUCCACCAACAUGUUCUGGAACCGGGGCUGCUUUGAGAAAGUGGAAGAAUGGCUUGAUGACAACAAGCACCUGCUGGGAACCAUAGGCAUGGUCGUCUUGGUGGUGCAGCUUCUGGGUAUGGCGUUCUCCAUGACACUCUUCCAUCACAUCCACAGAACAGGAAAGAAGUACGACGCCUAGCCUCAAGAGAAGAAGAGUCUCGACUCCUGAAUUCCUGAUGGGAUGGAACUUUUGAUGAAAUGCCACCCCCACCCCCCUUUCUCCAACCCACCACCACCUCCACCACUACUUUCCAAUCAUCCUUUGACUUUGUUCUUAGAAUUUGUGUGCAGAUUCCACGUGUCGCCACUGUCGGCCCUCUCCUUUCGUCACUCAUUUUUGCCAAAGAGUAACACAACUGGAAGAGGAGAACAGACAGCAGCAUCGUUUGGCACAUAAGAGAAUCCUGUUGGUUGUCACUCCUUGAUUUUUCUUUCCUUUUCUUUUGGCUUGGAGUAACGGUUUACUGAAAGGAAGGGUGCACAGACACAAAGACAAUUAAGACUUUUACUAACACUUCCCACCUGCUGGGGAAAAGAACACAAACAUCCCCUCUCCCAUUUCUGGGGUAUUUGUGUUUCUUUUACAGUAUGUUGAUUAAAAAUCAGCCCCUCUCUUUUUUCCCUUGUAAAUGGAUGAGAAAAACAAAACGGCAUGCUAGUUUUCUACUUCACUGACUUUAAUUCAACUCCUUUAGCACCCACUUAUUUUUUUCCAGCUACCUUUUGUAUGUGAGUGAUGCCCAUAUGGAAUGCAAGGACAAUGUGCUGGAUUUGACAUGUUUAUUACCAUGAUUCAUAUUAUUUUUUCUUGAACUAUCAUGUUGGGUCAAGUGAGUGGGAUGGGAGGAAGUCAUGGAAGUGAGAGGAAUCACCAAAUUCCAUUGUAUUGUCUGGAUAAUGGUACACAUUUGUGUGGGAAAACACACAUUAUCUGCUGCCACACCCCGGCAUCAUUGCUUUUUCCCAUUGAGACAAUACAAAUAGCGUAAAAUGGUUGUUUAUUAAAGCUCCACCGGCACUGUCAAGACCACGAUCCUUGGUGAUGAAAUACCCCCUUGGAGAGCACACAUUAAAUAGUGGUGUGUGUUUAUCACAUUGUUCCACCCUGCAGAGGUUUAAAAAGUGCAUAAAAAACAGGGAAUCAUGGGCACUAGGGGCAAAAACUGAGCAGACGUGUAUUCUUGCUGAUAGCAUAAAUUGUGUUAGUGGAGGCGGCAGAGCGUUUCUCUUCCAUAUUCCACGACUGUCACACAUUUGUUCUUCUCUCAUCAGUCUCUCCUCACCUUUCUCUCUGUAUUUCCUCUCAAACAUUUUCCUCCCGUAUCUGAGUCUGUACUUUUCGCCUCAACAUCCCAGAUGAUUCUCCCACUCAUGACACACCUCUGCUUUUCCACCUCUCCUAUUUCCGCGCCUUGUGCUUCCUUGCAGCAAGAGGACGGGGUGAUGGGAGAGUAGGCCGAUCAAAGUUGAGACAGCUAGCCAUGGCAACAUGCCCUAAAGGACGCAUCUGUUUACCGCAGAUUCCCUGCAAGACGCUUGAGAAUCAAUCUGCCUCCUUAAAGACUGAAACUACUCGUUCGUAUGUCUGGUGUGGUGACUUCAAGGGGAAUGGCCUCGGGUGGGAAACAUAUGAAACAUCAUCUGAGCUCUAAAGAGCUGUUUCUCCAAGCAGUAGUUGUUCUCUUCCAUUUUCACUACAAGUUUGCUGCAUUUUAUUACCUAAACAUCAAGAUGACACUUCCUUGCAGCGAACUUGAUCGAAAUGGAGCCAGGACAAGUUUGAAGGACUAGCUCAUUGCUAAAGUCAAACAAAGUGUGUACAGUCUUCCCUCGCUCCACGGCUGUAGGGCGCCAUUCCGGAAUAAAUGAAUCUUUGGUUCGAGGAGGCGGACAGGAGGAGUACUGCAGCAAUAUGCAAUAUGUUUUAACAAGGAUACAGAAACUCUAAAGUACAGCAGAACGGCGCCAGGACGAAAAGGCACGGUCGGAUGAGUGAAAACGUGUGAGUCACUUAAUAAUUCCUUGUGUCCAACUUCGUAGGUUGAUCAUUAAAUUGCAAACAAAGUGUUUAAACGUGAGAGAAAUGUGACAAAAUGUUAAUGCCUGUCUGAGAAAAGUGUAUAAAUUGUAUGAUCAGGGGUUUUGCAUAUAUAUACAGUAUAUAUAUAUAUAUAUAUAUAUAUAUAUAUAUAUAUAUAUAUAAAUUGUAAAAAGUUGGCUACUUCGCGAAUUUCACUUAUUGCGGACUAUUUUGGUAACCUAUCCCCCGCGAUAAACGAGGGAACACUGUACCUAAAAAACGACUUGAUGUUUGCAGAGGCUUCCAAAACUGACUGGUUUCCGAUAAUCUAAUUUGCUCAUUUCGUGAUUUGCUGUUGGGAACGAGACUAAGGCUACCUUCAUUGUAGGUCAGUUCCGAUUUUUUUGCGACAUGUAUCUGAUUUGUUCAUGUCAGUGUGAACAGUACAAUUUUGAUUUUUCCAAAUUCUUGAAAUUGCCACAAAUGCGCCAGGACUGAGAGCACAAAUUGGGGCAAUUUACUUCUGCAAACACGCUCCUCCGCGUGUCACGUUUUUCUGUGUGUGCGCGCAUCACUUCCUGGACGCAUUGUGUUCACAUUACACACAAAUACAAGUCACUUUUUUUUUUGGUAGUGUGAACAACUUCAUUAAAAGAUUGGAUAUGAACCAAAAGUCGGCCAUCAAUGUGAACAUAGCCUAAGAAAGAGCCCAAACCUGACUGAUCAGUCGCAUCUUCAGUCGCCAAAUGUGCAAGGUUUUGCUGCUAUUGUUGGCUUCAAGGAUAACUAAAACAUAAAUGGCCUUUUUAACAUUUCUUUAUAAAAAUGUAUUGAUAUCCUAUUUAUGCGUUUUUUCUCAAGUCAAUUUUGACAUUUACCAAUGUUUUGUUUUGAGUUGCCCAUGGCCAUGAACAAAUCCAACGGACACAAGGUUACGAAAUACAGCAGACGUAUUCACGCUACGUUUUUUGGUCCUCUAACUUUAUAAAAAACUGUUUAGAGAGCACUUGAUGAAAAACACUUACAUAUUGGUGAUUAAGCACAGAUGCCAUAUUUGCCCGCUAUUUAUCACUAAAUUCAUACAUUUUGAUCCACUCAAAUUACUUGGAUAACAAUUACGACACAUGUUAACACUGGGACAGAGAAUUCAAUACAUUUCUGGGCAAAUCUGUUAAAAUAAAAGCCCUUACCAAUGAAGGAGACGAGCAUGUCACAAAUUUCCAAGCCAAGGAUUAGUUCUAACAUGAAAUCCUCAUCAACCGAGUGGCUGUUUUGAAAGUAAAACCGAGAGGUCGGGAAUGUUAUUGGACAUUGUUGAGCAAUGCUGCAGACUUACCACAUAUUUUAAGCAACAGUCACCUUGUAACAUUAUUUGCUAGGAGAAAGGAAACGUUUUUUCAGCUAUGAUCCAUUAAGUAAUCAACCUUAAGGAAUUGUUUGGGGAAUAAUUCAGGACCAUACAGGAAGUUGACCCUUGACACAACAUUGCUGCUCUGUGGUCCCACAUGCACUGGCUCGUCAUUCCUACAACAUGGAUGCUACAUGGAUGGCAGCAUCACAAAAUAUGAAAGAAACCAAAGCCUUUUACUUUUUGCAUUUCUUAGUUUUUAAUGCUUGGUGGUAGACAUUUUUCUGAAGAGGUUGGUCUGUGUGGCAUUGUUGGGACCGGCCCUUUUUUUCUAACAGCUGUGAGAUGAGUGCAGACGUCUCAAGUUUACAGUAUACAGUUAAGAAGGUUUAGCGAAGUCCAUUCGAUCUCCAAAGAAGAACCCUGUUUUAUAAAUUCUGUGAAAGAGGUAGUACACUCGGUGUAAACGCCUCGUUUUUCGUGGGCACCAGCCCCAGAUUGAACAGAGAUGAAAUUGGUGGCAUAUCUAGAAACUGUGUGUGUGUGCAAGAACGCUAUGAGGACGUCGUGUUUGGGUUGGCCAAGAUGGGCUUGUGAUGAUGCAUCACGUUUCUGCUAUGAAUAAGCCUUCAACAUGUCUUGUUCAGAGCAGAGGGAAAAUAUUCCAUUCCGAGCAACAAAAAUCAAAAGAUUAAGACUGACAUGCGGCGACCCUGCUGGCAGUAAUUCACUGCAAGGUCCAUAUGCUCCAACUCCCCUGCUCAUGUCCACAGGCACAAGUGGUCACAUCUCCUCUACUCUCUGCACAUCCCGUAUUUAGAGCCACAUUCUGUGGGCGGUCGGUACAGGUUGCUAUGCAAAUUUGUCAACAUUUGAGGGAAUUUAACAGGAAUAAGGGGAAUUCCUCAGAAGGAAGGGCAAAAUACGGCAGUUUCCUGGGGGAAAAUGGGUGGGUCGGCAGGUAUGGUUGCUUUGGGGGACAAUCCUACACCCUGGAAACACAGCUGUGAUAGUUCAGUCAGUCGGAUGGGAAGCCAAACUGUCGGCAGGAUGUUCUUCCAUGAAACUGACAACGGGAAAUAGCAGAAACAAAAACUGUGUGUCACACAUUUGAUCCCCAAUCUCGAAACUCUUGAACGCUCCUCUCAGCGUGAACUCCCUCACAAGUCCUGUCAGUCAUCGAGGCUUUGUAAAUGUUCCUUCAUUUUUCACAAUCCUGGGGUGAAUGCUCAUUUAACACAAUACUGUUCUUUUUGUACAUUGUUUGUCACUGUUUAAAUAUUUGUUUUUGUAUAAUGUGUUGUUCUUGUUGGAGGCUAUUCCACUGCCUUUCUUCUUCCCAUUGUGAGAACAUGACAUCAUUACGUGUUUGUUUGCGGAGGGAUUAGUCAAAUGCGAUGUUGCUCUCUACAAGGUGCAAAAACGUUCCGUCUUAACACAGCUACAGGCGGUAAAAGCAAUUAAAUCUGACUUGUGGUGGAAAUUUGUCAUGUAGCGCGGGGUGAAGCCCACAAAGGGAAUACUGCUCGCUUGUCAUCACGCGCUUUUGUAUUAAGAUCUGGUUUAAUUGAAUUAGAAUGUGCUGGAAUGAUCAGCAGCGGCUUUUGCAGAAUUGUCCAUUAUGUCGUUUCUAGAGCAGAAUGGUACACGAUGUUAUAUAACAUGCUCACUAAAUCAAUUACGUACAUUAGUACUGUGUGGUAAAGAUUGAAAGUGAAUACAAGGAACAAACUUUCAGUUUUAAAGACAAAGCAUUUUGUCGCAUUUUACACAAACCUUUUUUUUUUUUUGGAACAGAAUAUGGAGCUCCAUGUUUUAAUUGGACAGCAGCGAUUUGUUAACCUAGAACAGCGGUGUCCAAAGUCUAGCCCAUUUUCGGCCUGCGGCUAUUUCUUUUUUUAUUGGACUUAUUGGAUCGUGGCCCAAUCUAAAAGUAUAAUUUAACAUGAAGACUAAAAAAACAACAACAGAAAAAAUUGAAAAAUCUGCAGUAAUUUUACAAGAAUCCAGUCUAAAUAUUGACAGAAAAAAGUUGUAAUCUAAUGAUAAAAGCCAUAAUUUUAAUUAUGAGGGAAAAAAUAACAUAAUUUCAGUAGCAUAACGUUGAAAAAUUAAAGAAAAACAAUGUUUAAAAAAAGUCGUCAUAUGAGAAUCAAACAAAACUAAAUCAUGUUGUAAUUUUUGGAACAAUAGGUUGGGGGAAAGGUUGUAAAAUGAUGUCAAUAAGGUCAAAAUAUUAUGGGAAUAAAGUCAUAAUUAUGAGAAGCACAUUUACAAGGAGAAAAUUGAAAUUAAAUUAAAUUAAAAAAAAACAGCAGUCAUGGAAAAAAAGUUGUAAUUUACAAAAUAUGAAGAGAAAAAAGUUGUAUUCUAACAAAAAGAGAAUAAAUAAAAGCAAAUUCUAAAAAAAGAGAAUAAACUCAUAAUAUUCUGAAGAAAAAUGUCACUUUAGUAGCAUAGAGUUGAAAUACUAAAGAAAAAUAUGUGAUUUAAAAUAAUAUUAUAACAAACAAACAUUUACUGUAAUUUUUUGGAAAAAUAGGUUGGGGAAAAACUUCUAAUAUUAUGGAAAUAAAUUCAUAAUUUGAACAGAUAUUGCAGAAACUUAUUUAAGAAGAAAGUUGAAAUAUUUGGAAGAUUAAAAACACAACAACAGCAAAAAUGGGGAAAAGCUGGGGUGCAGUUUUUUUCUUGAAAUAUAGAUAACUUCUUAGCAUAUCUACGUGUGUUGCUUUAUAAAAUAUCAAAGUGGACUGGCCCUUCCAGCCUUUCAUUUUUCACUACGUGGCCCGAGAUGGAAAAAGUUUGGACACCCCUAACCUAGUAAGACAUGAUCAGAAGCUACAAAAAAAUUAGUUAAGCCCUACAAAGUGAAUUUUCAUUUGGGCGGAUGGGGAUCUCAAACUGAAAAUGACACAAAACAGUGACAAACUAGUAAUAAUAAAAAGUUCCAUGCCCUAAAUGAAUUAAAGUUUUUAUCAAUACAAGCCAUACAAUGUGAUGUGAUACCUUAAUACAUUAGAUCAUGCUAGAAGUUACCAGGAUUGACCUCUUAUAAUGGUGCGAAACAAUGUGUUUACUCAAAACUGUCACAAAUAUGAAUCAUUUACAAAAUGGAACAAAAAAAGCAAUGCAUAAUUUUCCUGAAUGCUUUUUAACACAACCGCCUGCAGUAUUCUCGGGGCACUGAAUCGAUCGCAACUGGACUGUUCGGCUCGUCUUUCACCUCUCAUCCGAGCAGGCUUCAUCAGUUCACGCGCGAUGAUUAGCUAGGACAGCUCCAGUCUUGUCUUCUAACACAACCCGAACAGUCCAGUUUCCAGUUUCAUCCCAAAGAUACCCGUUGAAUUAAUAAAGGAAUCGCCUGAACUCACAAUUCGGCCAAGAAAUGAAUCAAUGAGGGAGUUUGUGUACGUUCGGAAAACAUCAGCAAACAUAAUUUCUUGAUGAAAGUUUUAACAACUCGGCUAAAUAAUUCUCGAAUUGAUCCUGAACAACACAUUUUUCAUUUUUUCACCAAAGUAAGCAUAUUCCUAUGUUUGCCUUUUACCUUCUUUUCAGGGACAGGAGCUGUGUACAUUCUAUGUAAAUCUCUUUUUUGUGUGUGUGUUUGUAUGGUUUUCAUAUCAUAUUUGACUGUGUUUGCAUCUUGUUGUAAGACGUGUGUGUGUCUUGGAAAGAAACUAAAGAAGUAUUCCCUCUCAUCUGUGGAAGCACGCCCACUAAGCCACAGAGAUAACGAAGGAAGAAUGCUCACGCAGUAAUUGGCUUUUAUCUGCUGCGGCCAAUUUGAGGAUAGACAGGUUUUUGUGUUUCUUUUUUGUUUUUUUUUCCCACCUUUGACAUAUUGUUUCUUUAAUCUCCUAAUUCUUCCAGAGCAGUGGAAAUAUAUGCUCUAAAAAUGGUGUGUUUGAUGUUGUGUUCUGUCAGAUGGCACUAUCUGAGACCUGCCAGCCUUGUCUGUCCUGUGGCGUUUUUUUUUUUCUGCUACAUGUGAAAG